GAAUUGGUACCUUGAGGUCAUACUAAGUAGAACGCCGCGCUCCGCUUCACAGAUCCAAACAGGACAGGGUACAUUUUACACCACGCUGCAUCAUAAACACGACCAUGGAAGGCUUUAACCAAGUAUUAUCAGAAUAUCCGCAACUCGGCAUUGCUGGGGGAGUUGGGGCCACGAUAUGCGCCGCCGGGGCACUCAUUUACAAAAUUGCAACGAGGAAGAAGCCCACUCACGUCGGGGUGAACUGCUGGUUCUGUAACCAGGAUACAGUGGUGCCGUACGGAAACAGAAACUGCUGGGACUGUCCCAACUGCGACCAGUACAACGGCUUUCAGGAGAAUGGGCACUACAACAAACCAAUCCCAGCUCAGCACUUAGAGCAUCUUAACCAUGGGGUGUCUGCUGGACUCGCUGUGCCAGAAACGCCCAAAGUUCUGCAGUGGGUCAAUUGCCAGAUGCUGCUGUGCAAGAAAUGCAACAAUAACCAGACACUGAAGAUUAAGCAGCUGGCUUCGUUUGUACCCAGGGAAGAGGAGAAAUACGAUGAAGAGAUUGAGGUUUACAAACAUCACCUGGAGCAGACCUACAAGCUGUGCCGUCCUUGCCAGACCGCUGUGGAGUAUUACAUCAAGCAUCAGAACCGGCAGCUCCGAGCUGUGCUCUUCAAUCACCAGCUGAGACGCAGCAGGGAGGCGGACAAGGCGUGCGUGCAGAAUUCUUACACCCCCAACUUUUCAACUCCUGCCUGGGUGAUAUUUUUACGCAUCUUAGCUUUCCUUAGUUGUGUUUUCUUGGUGGCCUUGGCAGUGUACGGCUCUCAAGACCCCUUUACCCCGGCCAGCUCCCUGCAUUCUCCUCCCGCCCAGCCAGUACUGAAUAACUCCAAUGCGUCGGGCUCCUCGGAUGGGAACGCCAGCGGUAGUGAGGGAGCUCCGGUCUGGCAGGAGCUGUUCAGUCUGGUUCCCCAAGAGGCUGUGGAGAACCUGAAACUGGCUUGGGACUAUGGGAAGAGCCAUCAGAUGGCUGUAGCCUCUCUGGGCUUGUCCACGUGUUUAAUGGCUGUUUUUCUGGCUGGGCGCAUCAGGCUAAGGCGCAUUGAUGCUGUGGCUUCAAUGCUGUGGCUUGCUGUGCUGGGUUUGCACCUGGUGGAGAACUACCAGAAGACGGACGUCCCCAGCUGGCUGGACACGGCGAAAUUCAGCACCACCUCUCUGUGUUGCCUGGUAGGGUUCGCCGCUGCAGUGGCAACCCAGAAAUCCUCAGGCCAGCGAAGAUACCGUGCACGAAGGUAUCUGUCUGGAGAUUCUGCGACAUCGUUCUACAGUGGUGAACCCGGGAUCCUGUCUCCAGCUCUGUCUGCUUCCUCCGUCUUCCUCCCCACACCGCCCCCCAUCCUCUCCCACCUGGUCAACCACCAGCUCUGCCACAGGGUGCGGAAAGCCUCCCCCUCCUCCCUGCCGGGCCGUCUGAACCGGGCGCUGUCCCUGGGAACCAUCCCGUCCCUCACUAGAGCAGAUUCUGGCUAUUUAUUCAGCGGCAGUCGCCCCUCUUCGCAGAUCUCUAACUGCAAGGACUCUCCUCCUUCAGAUUAUUUUUCCCUUAAAUCCGGAAGUCGCCCGUCCUCUCCCGGUCCCUCCCCCACCCCCUCGAUCGCGGGCUCGGUGACCUCGACCUCCAGCUCUGCGCGGGGCCGGCGCCCUCUCAUCAGCCCUGCACGCCUCAACCUGAAGGGGCAGAAGCUGCAGCUGUUUACAUCGCACAGCGAGGCGCUCCCCUCUCCCACGGCUUCAGACGACCCCAGCAACACGACGGGUCCUGUUUUUGUACCUGAGCUCUCAGCCCUUCCCACACACAACCACGACCCUAAAUCCGUUCUCGAGGGAGGCAGUGUGUUUGAUGAACUUGAUGAAAAGAGGGGAAGUUCUUCAGGGUCCUCCUCUUGUCUGGUGGACACUACGACUGGUGACUGCCCUGACAGCGGGAAAGGAUUGAAGGGGCUUCUAGGGAACUCCGUACUGCAAGGUCUUCUCUGCCUGAGUCUGACGGCGAACAUCGUCUACACCUCUGUGUACCUCUACCAGAGCUUGACAUGAGUGAGAGCAUUGAGAAAGCCAACAUUGCUCCCGUUCUCCAGCCAACGUGUUCCUGGUGCUCGCUGUGAAAACCUCAUCCCAACACAGGCCCACAAUGGCACCCAAUGGACUCUGCAACCAUCUGCUUCUCCAAGACUCCUGGAACUCCUGGCUAGUGCAGGGCAUUCUGAUUUUUAUUCUGUGCUAUGUAUUAUAGAUAAGUGGGCUUGGAAGUAGUGAGCAUGGAAGCAACUCUUAGAAAGCUGGUGCUGCUAGGGUGGGUUUUGUCUAUGGAAUUUAAAACACAAAGCCAUGUGCUCCUGUUACUGUAUUUGCAGUCGCUAAUCAGGAGAUAGAAAUGUACAGUAAAUCUUAUGAACUUUUAAUGGUGCUCUGUUUAUAUGUAUACACUGAAGCAAAUAGGCUACUGAGAAUUUUACAUUACAUUGGAUAACAGGUACAUAACAGCAACUAGAUUCCUAGUGAUUAUGGUGUGCUAUUAAAGGCCAUUAUAAUAUGUGAAAAAGAUAAAUAAGAAAAUCUGGGUAAUUCUCACAAUGGUCAGGUAAAGUCAAGUAAAUCCAAUUUACAAUUGCUCGGCGCUGCUCAACGUUAGGUCUGUAACGCCUGCAUAGGAAUGUUAUGCCUGUGCAUUCCUCAAAAUGAACUUGACUGUGAAAGCUGAGCUGAUCCGCAGUAAAUGUGCUUAAAGCUUUUUCUGUUUCCUCUUUGUCACGGCCUCAAAUUCUGCAAUCAAAGCGGAAUUAGCAUUAUUUAUCUUGUAAAAAUAAAUCAAACCACUGCCGUGUUGUUUUAAUGUACACUGUAAAAGCAAGGGUUGUUCUGUGGGGAUGCUUCGGGAUAUAUUCAGCUCUAUCGGGUUUGAUAACAAUACUGUCUGCUUUUUCAGUCUCUUUUCAUUACUCGUUAAAAUAGCACUCAGUUAUAGCAUAGACACGUCCAUCUCGGUCAUUGUGUUUAAUAGGUCUUGGUUUUCUCACUUAAUGGAAUUCAAUACUUUUUUCAAUAGUUUAGAUUUUAGUUGAGCGCUUUACAAAUAAAAUAAGUUUGGGAUCCAACCUUUUAUUUUUAUUUUUUUGUCCUGCUGAGUCUGCCAAACAAGGCACAAAGGCUUGCAAUCACUACUGUAAUUAAAAAAAUGAGUAAUUCUUUUUUAACAAGACUAUCGUGGCAUGCACAGGAAAAUACAGUAUGCAUGUCUUUGUUGUCUGCUGUAGGUAAAAGGUGUGCCUUAGGGGAGCAAACCUUGAUGGAUUGAACAGGGAGAGGUGUUUAAUCAGGAUUAUGUGGAUGUGAAAUCACUCUCCCAGGCACUGUUGUCAGUGUUCUGUCAUGUUAUCCUGCAAUAACACAGCACAGUUUGGAUAAAUAAGCUUCACACAGAACUAUGGCCACAGCAGCCUGUCAACAAGUUGAAUCGGUUAGCAAUCAGACCUGAUGAGGAAACUGUGAAUAACUCUCCUUCAAAACCUAAUAGAGAGCAAAGGACUUAACUAGUGUACAUUAAGACAGCAGUCUCUUUCUGUUGAGGAUGCAGUGAUGCUGCACAGUGUGUGUGUAUUGAUGCCUCCCCUCUCUCUCUCUCUCUCUCUCUCUCUCUCUCUCUCUCUCUCUCUCUCAUUGGAUUUGACUGCAAUGUGGUCUUUGGGAGAUUAAAGCUGUUUAUGUAAACAUUUAUACACCUAAUUUUAAAGCAGCUGAGACUGAAAGUAAUCUGUCCAACUGCUUUUUAUUAUUAGUAUUCGUUUAUUAUUGACAAAAAAAGAAUCACGCCGACUUUAUGGCAAUCUGACCAACUGGCUGCAAGGCAGCUUUCACUGCAGUGUAGAUUCCUGAGGUUAACAAUCAUUGGGUGAAGGUGAAAGCUCAUGGGUGAUCUGGAAUCUGGGAAUACCAUGUGUAUUAAUAGCUGGAAUGUGGUUCUACUGCAGUAGCAGUCGUACAGCAGAAGCAAUAUGCAUGCUAGGUGACAGGUAGGGUCUUUGGAUAUGUUCAGUGCAAGCCCUGUUUUUACACUGGAAGCAGAUGUUGCAAUGAUUUGUACUGUAAAAAUAAUAUUAAUAAUAAUAAACAAACAUUGCUAUUUUAAUACGUGUAUUUGAUAGUUUAUUAAUAAUAGGAGGUUCCAAAAGUAUUUAAAAUAACUGGUGGACAGAAUCUCAACUGGAGAUUAGAUGAUCUUUUGUCAAGUAAAUGUAACAUGAAAAGAUACAAGAAAGGCAGACCUGAUAGCAGUUGGCCAGGUUUCAGUUUAAGUGCAGAAGGGUUUUUCAGCUUUUUAUAUGUAUUGUCUUGUGAUGAGGUCAGACUGCAUCGUAACUCAAAAUGCACAGGACAAACAUCAGGAACAGUGUUUUGCAUCCGUGGAGCUUUCUAUGGUUUGGCAUGUGUGUGUGUGAUUUAUUUACAGUCGCUGACCUGUGUUGUUCUGAUGCUAAUGUAUGUAUUAUAUUGCAUAUCUCUGUAUACCUCCUUGGAAACUAAGGUUGACUUUUGUGAUUUUUAAAACACGCCUCGUCUGCGUCGUCAUCAUUCGUUAUAAAGCCUUUUUCAAAAUGAAUCUUAAUCAACGUUAUUAUCUCACCUUGCAGCAGACAGCGCUGGUCAACUAGUGAGUGCCGUAGCAUUGAAUCUGUGUGUGUGUGCGUGUGCGUGUGCGUGUGCGUGUGCGUGUGCGUGUGCGUGUGCGUGUGCGUGUGUGUGUGGAUUACUAAAUCGAAACGCCCAUCGGAUUUAUUAAUUGCAGUCAUAAUUGUCUCGAAAUGCACCAGCUAUGUAACUUACACUACAAACAUACAAUAGUAGAAAAAAAAAAAAACAACAACUUUAUUUGCAUGUUGAGAGUCUACUUCUUUUUAUAACUUCUGUUCAGGAAGAAGAAAAAAUAACCACAAAACUUUCAUCAGAUUUCCGCGGUGCUUAACUGUGUGCAGGACCUUCAGACCAGGUACUGGGGUUUCUCUCUUCCUCAUACAGGGAUUGGGCAGACAAAAAAAAUGACCCCGCUGUCUGAACGACAUCUCGGAGAAACCUUUCGAAACUCUUCUGCUCAGUCAAAACUUUUUUUUUUUGGUUAGGGCAGGUGUUGUUUUAAAUUGGGUUGUUCUUUUGCAGUGUUUUUGUUUGUGCGAGGAUUAAAGCUGCUACAAUGUCAGGAUCAACCUGUUGCAUAAAGAACAUAACUGCUGUAAAUGUGUUAAACAAGUCAUUGCUAAGGUACAGUAACACCUGCUUUGAUAGUGGAGGUGUUACAUACAGUACUGUGAGCGUGUGUGUAUAUAAUGUAUAUGGUAGCUUGGGCUCUGGUUUUUCUGACCUAAUUGUUUCUAUAUACUGUUUCUAUAUAGAAACACAUUGUUGCAGUUGUCUGUGAUUAUGCUAUACCUUCUGUACAUGUCUGAUACCGGGUAAUAUUUUUGUAAAUUGUUUUUAAAAAUGUGUCUGUGUUCUUGUAUUCAGUUCAAUGCUGAUUUUAGGUAGGUGUCUGAAAGAAAAAGAUUACUUUGGGCACCAAUAUUAGGUUUGAUCAUUAUUGUAGAGAUUUGUUUACAGACUUCAAGAGUUCUGGAGAUGGCGUGCCCACGAAUGCUAAUAUUGUACACAUUUUGGUUUCAACUGCAAUCCUCAGAGAGCAGCUGAGUGUCUUAUUUCAGCUGCUGUUUUUACAUGGACUGUGUAAACUAUUCUGCUGGAAAUUUGAAAUGUUAAAAAACAAAGAAUAAUAAUUUGACAUGUUUGCGAACUUGUGCACUAAAUAUGGUUUGUUACUCAACUCAUUUUUGAUGUGUCGGUCAUUUUAAAAUUGUAACUACAGAUAAUUUACAGUUUUGAUCUGUGCUGUGUGUAGAAUGCACUGUGACCCUGAAUGCUCUGCUGCAUGUCUAUUGGAACAAACUCUUAAAUACAAACUGCUGAUUGUUUGUUAUUUUUUUUUUUUAAAGUAUUUCUACUAAAAUUGUUUGAGGGGGGGAAAAAUAAUUUCUAGCUUGCUUGGCAAUUUACAUUUUGUCACGGUCGUUUUUUACAUAGCACUGCAUUAAACGAUUUUUCUGAUUUGAGCUCUCCAUAGAAAUCAGGUGCUGACAAUCAGGUGAGGGGCGUUGAAAUUGACUGGGCUAAUUUACCAUUCAAAGUAAAACAAGUGAAGAAACAGCAGCUGGGAUUGGGAAUGGGCCCAAUCAACAUCAAUGACCCUCGCCUGUGGAGAGCUUGAACUGGCAAAACGGUUCGGACUUUGUCUUAAAACGUCAAAGGCUUUCCGUAAUCCUGCUUCAGACAAAAUCUUACUGCAGAAUUGUAUUGCUGUUGUUUUUUUUUUUGUACCAGACAUGUUACAGGCCUCAUCCUUGCUAGCAUGCUAUUUGUAUAAGUUUGCAUUUAUCUUGUUUAGAUCUUCCUGUUAAGACAACACUCCUAUUAAACUACACUUAAAUCAA